AUGAAAGAGGCUGAAAAACAACAUGCCUAGAUUUCUCUUAAAGCACAGUUGAAGGAACUGAAGCCUCAUCUGUAUUUUCAAAUGCUCAAUUGAAUUCUUUGACAACUACUUUGAAGCCCUAAAGAGUUUUUCAGGAGGAAUAAUGCAUACUCUUUUUAUGUCCUUAUUUAAUAUAAGACUUCACAGCAGCUAAAGUCGAAACUUUUAGUCUCAAAAAUGGCGCUUGAGAGGAGACUGGCAGAUCAGAGCCCCUGAACAGCACACACCUGAAGGUGGUUGUGAAUCAGCUGAAGUUUGUCUGCUGCUUCUCUCUGACAACAACUCCAGGGUGCAUAUCUCCCCUCACUGGAGUUGAGAUCACUCUGCUCAGUGUGGAACCUGACUCCUCUGACCCUUCAUAAUCAAGAUGCAGACCAGGAUGGAGAAUCUAGGAGCCAGGCUACCUCCCUCUGCUCUGGCCAGCAGCUCCCAGCAACGUCUGUUCAGGAAGAGCACCACCUACCUGGCUAAGAUAGCUGUGGUCCUCCAGGACGCUCCAGGAAAGAUGCUCACUUUCAGUCAGUUGAUGGACAAGCUGAUGCCACUCAUUUGUGAAGACAGAAGAUCUGUUGAGAACAACAUCAGAGUCUGUUUAUCUUCCAACACCUGUUUUGUCAAGAUCCCAAUGGUCCCAGAUUUACUGGACAGUAAGAGAAACUACUGGAAGCUGGAUACCAGCAAGAUCACAGCAAAGAUGGUGCGUCGUCACUUCAAAGGGAUCCUGCAGUUUUUUCCUGAGUUGGCCUCCAAAGUGGAGACUGAGAACACAAGCAGAGGACCAGAGCGCUGCUUGGUCCCCCUCUCCCCCUGCAGAUCCGUUCAGAUCAGAUGUGAGGUGAAGUUCAGCAGCCCUUUCUCCAUCGAAUCCCUCCUGAAGAGAGACAGCCCCUCUGCUCGGAGCCCUACAGCUUCUCCUCUGUGCAGCAUGCCGGUCAGGGUGGAACAGCGAGUUGGGACAAAGAGGAGCUUCAGCUGGGACUCUGAGCAGCAUCUCCUCCUGCAGACUUCAGCAGGAAGUUCCCCCGUGUGCUCAGUAGGGGGCAGCAUGCACCAUGGACUCAUUGCUGCCGGAGCUAUUAAACCCGUCAGGAGGAGCCAUGUGUUGUCUGAGCCCUCUUCCCUAGUUUACUGUAGAGCUGCUCCUUAUUACAGCAGCCCACACAGCAGUUACAUCACUUACUCUGUACCCACUAUUUCCCAUGAUGCUCUGCGAUUUCGUUUGUAAAUAUAUUUCAAAUACUUAAUUGCACUUUUAUAUGUUGAAUGUUUUUGAAUUGUACAUUGCAGAGAUAUUUUUAUCUUUCAAACAGAAAAAAAGAAAAGACACAUUUUGAAAGCCCACCAGAGGUCUCGUGGCUGAAAAAGUCUAAACAUCCCUUUAUAUUUAUGACUCUUGUGUUCUUAAUGUCUACUUCGACUUGGUUUAGUGAGAUAAGACUUUUUUUUCAACAGAUGUCAAUUUUGAUUUUUUUUAGCACACUUUUUAAAGUGUCUUCAGGGCAAAGCAUUUGAGCUUAAAUGCAGAAUAUUUUUUUACACUGCCUCGUGUCAAACUCAUUAAAGUUGUUUGUUCUCAAUCAUCAUA